AUGGAUGAACUCGUUUUAAGUUACAAUGGAACACCCAUGAACGAUGAACAAACUGUCGAACAACUCGGAUUCGUCUCUGGUGCAACACUCGAUGCUACCGUGAAACUCUUUGGUGGUAAAGUUCAUGGUUCCUUAGCUCGUGCUGGUAAAGUCAAAGGUCAAACACCAAAAGUUGCCAAACAAGAAAAACGCAAGAAGAAAACCGGACGUGCCAAACGUCGUCUUCAAUACAAACAACGUUUCGUCAACAAGGUUGCUGGCUUCGGUCGUCGCCGUGGACCAAACUCAAAUCAACCAGCUUCAACCUAA